UCAAUAAGGUUCUGCUGAUUUAUUAGUUCCUCCAGGGGGCGGUAGAGCGUUAAAGAGCUCCUUCCAAACCUCCAAAGAAGAAUGGGAACUUUGCCUCAGUUCAGCCGGACCUGGAACCAGAAUGCCGACCCAGAUUGGCCCAGACAAGAGUUCUAGAUGAAGGCCGUGAUUCUCGCCGCGGGCUACGGAACCAGACUGCAGCGGGACGUUUCCUCCGACCGCAGCGGCAGGUUCGCUCACCUGGUCGGGGUUCCGAAGCCGCUGCUGCCGGUGGGCCGCAGCCCGCUGAUCAGCCGCUGGGUCCGGGCGCUGACCCGGUCUGGAACGGUGGACGGGAUCUACGUGGUGACCAACGCUCUCCACCAGGCUGCAUUCACCGUUUGGGCCACAGAGUUUCCAGAAGUGCAGAUUCUCAGCGAUGAGACGCGAAGCAACGAAGAGCGGCUCGGCGCCGUCGCCUGCCUGCAGCUGGUGGUGAAGCACUUCGGCAUCCAGGACGGCGUGAUGGUCAUUGGAGGCGACACGCUGUUCAGGGAGGACUUCAGUCUGGGCCGGGUCGCACAGAAGGUUUCUGAGCUGCAGGCAAAGAGCGCCGACAGCUGCCUGCUGCUGUGCUACCGCUGCAGGGACGAAGAAACCCAGAAGUACGGGAUCCUGGAGGUGGAUGAUGAUCUCCGGGUUCUCCGGAUGAAGGAGAAGCCGCGGCCUUCAGAGACCAAGUCCAGGAGAGCCUGUCCGUGUUUCUACGUGUUCUCCAAGGAGAGUCUUCCUCUGCUGGACGCCUUCCUGGAGGAGAAGAAGGACGCUCCGAUCGAAGAGCGCGACGCUCCGGGGAACUUUGUGUCGUGGCUCAUCCCGAGGAAGCCGGUUUUCACCCAUGAGAUCUCCGGACGCUUUGACGUGGGAAACCUGCCGUCUUACCUGGAGUGUGACGUUUACUUCAGCGAGAAGCUUCAGGACAACAAAUCGUUCAUGGUUUAAAGGAACCAACUUUUAAUAGGA